AUGGGCGUCGAGGUUUGCGCGUCUUCGGCUUUGCGUUCGUCGGAGCUCAUAAACCACUCGGGAAAAGGAGGGGCCAAGUCGAGGAGGGCGGGGAGAAUCCCCCCCUGCCACCCCCAUGUGGACAAGCGUACGGGGUCGUUCGAAAGUAUUGGACUGGCGACGGCAUCGAUCGUAUCCCCAUUGUUCGCGUGUAAGUCUCAGACGGGCCAAAGCCGAAGAUUCGUUAUGUCCCUUUCGAUUGAUAACCGUGCCAAGGCCCAGCUGAUCCGGGAACAUUUGUUCUUGUAUUCUUCGGAGGCGCAGUUUAGGGGCGUUGUUUGCGAGGUGUCUUUGCACAAGCAAGUCGUGGAUGACCUUGCCCUUUGCACCAAACCGAGCGACAGUCCGCCGCUCGGGCCUUCAGCUACGAUGAUGGUGCAGUUCAUGAAAGAUCAUCUCUCUCAACCGGAGUGUUUGUGGAGCGUGCCUGCAGAGAUGCUCGGCAGGGCUGCCAGGGCUGCUCUCCCAGGUAGUUUGCACGCUCUGGCUGACGACAUCGCGGCAGCUUGCAACGCUCCAAAUGUCGAUUGGCAACAGCCGCAGGAUUUGGCUUUCGUGAGAGUGCUUGAAGCGAGGCCCGAGAAUCGAAAGCUCGCGGCGUCCUUGGACGCAGAGAAUAACAAGUGGUGCAUUCGGCUGCAGAGGCUGGAAGUCCGGAGCGCUUUGCCUGAGUACAAGGCCGUGCACCUCACGGAGACGGCAGCGAGUCCACACGAUGUUGACUUGGCCAACUUUUGCGCGCUUGCGGACAUCGGUAAGAUCUUCAGGUGGCGCAUUGUUAUGAAGGCCGCGCGGCCUGAGUUGAGGGAGGAUCUGACCGCGCGCCUGGACACUCUGGGCGCGAUGAUGCCAGCGCGUCAGGAUGACGUUCCCAUAGUUUCACAGCCGGACUUGGAAGCAGGCAUCGGCGUGCCUGCGAGUGACGGUGCCCUGGCCCUCAGGACGAAAGGCAUCAUGGCUAAUUUCUGCCGUUGUGUCCAUGGCGCCAAUAUCGAAGUCGUGGACCAAUGGGUGUCAUGUCUGUCGAUGGAGACAUAUGACUUGCACACCCUCAACAUCAUGAUCGACUUGGGCAUGCUCCAGGAGGCCGUGGAUGACUUCGGCGAGCGGAUGGUGAAGCUCAGCCCUGAUGCUUUGGUUUGGACGCCGACCAAGGUGGCGCGCAGGGAGGAGGUGAUGCCGAAUAUCACUCGAGAGACAGGCAACGAACAAACCCCAACUGCUCUGCGAUUUGAUUCGCCAAGGGUGGGCUUUGAGUGA